AUGAAAAUAAUUGAUCUUCUACAAAGGCAGUAUUUAAAACAUGCCAUUGAAAAUCCGCUUCGCCUCGGAGGUGAUGGUAUGGUUGUUCAAAUAGAUGAAAGUCUAUUUCGACACAAACAAAAAUACUAUCGUUGCAGACAGCCAGAAAAGGAAAUACAGGCAUUUGGUUUGGCAGAUGUGUCAUUCACCCCAGCUAAAAUCUCAUUGCAUGUUGUUCCCAAUAGGGCAGCUUCCACGCUUUUACCAAUAAUAGAGGAAGUUUGUUUGCCUGGGAGUGUAAUAUACUCUGAUGAAUGGCGAGCCUGUGCUCGUAUUGGUAAUAGUAAUUUCCGAUUUUCCCAUUUUACUGUUAAUCACAGUGAAACCUUUGUGAACCAUCAAACCGGUGUUUACACUCAGAAUAUUGAAAGUGUAUGGAAUAAAUGCAAGUAUGUUCAAAAAAUAUACAAUGGUUAA